GCUUCUGUAGCAAUUUAUUAAAGACAAGAACAAGAAGGAUGAAAAUAUGAUGUAUGUAUGUAAUUAUGUUUGUGUUUAUGUUGUUGAAAAAUUGCUUCUUAGGCAGGUAUGAAUAUGAUUAUCCCAAAACUUUCACUACCUACUGCCUGUUUUUCCUAUUACUAUAAUACUAUAUGCUUAGGUUUUUUAUAAUAAUUUUGGUUAGUCCUAUAAAGAUGAUGACACUUUUUUUUUUCUUCUAAUGGUUCAUGCAGUUUCCAAAUUCAACAAUGGAGGAAGCCUUUUUAUUUUUUCUUACGCAAAUUGUACUGAUUUAUUUUAUUUGAAUGUCUCUGUAUUGUAACAGGUUUACAAUUCUGUACAUAAAUACAAAUUUCAUAUAAUUUUAUCAAAAUUUAUGCAAGAAAAAGGAGCAUUCAAAUAUUAGCAUAAAUUUUAAUUUAAUUUGUUUGAUUCCUUAUGAUUUUUACAAUAAUUUAAUCACUUCUCCUUCAAUCCAUGUAAGUUAGAAGGGUAGAUAUUAGUGAAAACAUUAUGUAAGAGGAUUUUAAAAUAAAAAAGAAACAAAAAGACGGGUAAAAUCUGAGUUGGUUUUGGUUUGGGGCAAGAAGAAGAUGGAUUCAGGAAGAGGAUUUUCGUUUUCUCAUCAUCACCCAUUGUUCUUACCCACAAAUUUGACUACCACCACGACGCCGUUUCUUUGUCUUCGCCUCGCUCAUCACUUUCGCCUUCGUUCCUCCUUCAAGAAGCUCUUUCGUCUCUGUAAUGCGUCGCGACUCAAGGAUUUAUGCUCCCAAAUGCCCUUCCAAUUCAAUGGAAUCGAUUUUUUCCAAUUCAGAAACGGUGCGCAUCCUUCCCAAUGGUUACCUUGCUUAUGUUUCUUCACUGGGGGAGAUUAUAGAAGUAACUCUGGAAACGAGGGGAUAUUGCGAUCGAAGAUGUCCACGAGGAAUUCGUGGAACGGAAGGCAGUGGACUAAUGCGCUCCUUGCAGUGAAUGUGUUAAUUUAUAUUGCACAAAUGGCGAGUAAGGGCAAGUUGAUGUUGUGGGGGGCUAAGAUUAAUAGUCUUAUCAACAAAGGAGAGUUCUGGAGGCUUGUUACGUCUUCCUUCUUGCAUGCGAAUGUUGCGCAUCUUAUGGUUAAUUGUUAUUCUUUGAAUUCCAUUGGUCCGACCAUGGAGAGUAUUUGCGGUCCUAGGAGAUAUCUUGCAGUGUACUUCUCCUCAGCAAUUGCAAGUUCAGCGAUGAGUUACUGGUUCAGUAAGCCCCCUGCAGUUGGUGCUUCAGGAGCAAUCUUUGGAUUGGUUGGAUCUCUUGCUGGGUUUGUUACAAGGCAUAGAGGUAUCAGUGGACGUGGCAGAGAAGAUCUACAACACAUAGCACAGGUGAUUGGGCUUCUAUUCGAAGGCAUUGAUAACUGGGGACAUCUAGGGGGCUUGCUUGGUGGAACUGCAGUGUCGUGGCUUCUUGGACCGGCCUGGAAGUAUGUCUCUACAACCCAUGAUGGUUCAAGAAUUUUCUCUGACAGGGCACAUUUUUCUACGUCGUCAACAGUAAUAGAAAGCCUAGUCAGCUCAAAUUGAAGAAACAGGGUUCAGCUCUCUUCCUAGCACCUCCUGUUGACUCAUUGGAAAUGAGAAGGGCUUUUGUUCACAUUGUUUUAACACAACUGAAAAGAUGCAUAUUCUGCAUACUUUUUGUACAUAAAAUUAAACAUAGAUUUACCGAUAUGAACUUUGGAUGAGCAUAUGUCUUAAUGUCAGAUGUCUUAGCUGAAGAACUUUUAUCUAUAUAUCUCCAAAUGUUGAUACCUCUGAAUA